AUGGCACGUUUACUUAUUGAAAUGAAAGAACAACGUCGUAGACAAGCUAUUAUUGCUGCAGCUAUCUCACGUGCAGCAAACGAACCAGCUACUCGGCUUAACAUGCUGAUUCAAGAACAGCAGGCUGCCAUAGAAGAAGUUAUUCAAACGCAAGAAAGUGAGCUUCCAUCAUAUGAAGAAGCAAUUCAUAUGAAUAACUAUCCGAAUGCUCCACGAAUUCCUCCAACAAUUCAUCCUAGGGAUAACUAUAUCUAA